CUGGGCCGCGCUGGCGCGGGGGCCGCGCCCGCGGCUUUGUGGGCGGGUCUUGCGCAGCCGCCGGGACCCCUGCGUGCACGGCUCUCCACCCCUGGCCACCCGCGCCUCCGCGGACACGCACUUCCUGCGAGGCCUCCCUGCGCACCUUAGGCGAGCCGAACCCAGCCGAGCCCAGCCGUGCCUUUCCAAGCGGUUCGCCAUGGUGGACGAGCUGGUGCUGCUGCUGCACGCGCUCCUGGUGCGGCACCGCGCCCUGAGCAUCGAGAACAGCCAGCUCAUGGAACAGCUGCGGCUGCUGGUGUGCGAGAGGGCCACCCUGCUGCGCCAGGUACGUCCGCCGAGCUGCCCGGUGCCCUUCCCCGAAACGUUUAACGGCGAGAGCUCCCGGCUCCCCGAGUUUAUCGUGCAGACGGCGUCUUACAUGCUUGUCAACGAGAACCGGUUCUGCAACGACGCUAUGAAGGUGGCGUUCCUAAUCAGCCUGCUCACCGGGGAAGCCGAGGAGUGGGUGGUGCCCUACAUUGAGAUGGAUAGCCCCCUCCUAAGUGAUUACAGGGCCUUCCUCGAGGAGAUGAAACAGUGUUUUGGCUGGGAUGACGACGAAGAAGACGACGAUGAUGACGAAGAAGAAGAUGAUUACUAGGCCUGGAGACCCUCGGGCCUAAGGGGGAAGGGCUCUGCACGCCGCCACCUCCCUCCCCUCCUUCCUGCCCCUCCCGGAGCCACCGUACUCCCCCUAAUCCUCCGAUCUUCUUCCCUCCCCCAACCUCUGGUCCUCUCCCUCAUCCCCCGGAGUGCUUGUCUUUGUUCCAGAAAUUGUGCUCCAAUUACGUGCUGGGGCUGGGGGUUUGCUCUGAAGCGCGCUGCCACCCACUCUGGCCAGCCCUGGGAAGCACCCCUGCAAAUGUGGACUGUGUCCUGAGCCCCAGCGCUAAGGCAGGUCCCUGUUACCAACUGGUCAGAUUAUGCACUGCCCUGCCAACUGCCAGGCCAACAUCUGCCCAGAGAACUACGCUGCCACGACACCACCAUCCACCACGUUCUUGCGACUGACCACCGCCUUUGGAGAUAAGGACCAACCUACAGGAUGCCUGAGUUGGCUACAGCUCCUUGGACAUUUAUUUGGACAGCUCACAACCCCCGAAGGGGCCAGUCUUUCGACCUGGUUAGUUCCCUACCUAUUUCCAGAGUCCUCCCCUACACCACCAGAUUGCUGCAGGGGCCUAGUGUGCCUGGCAGCCAAAUUGUUGACAUUUCUUUUCUCCUAUGCACUACUUUUGCACAGCUGUCAUUUUCUUUAAAAAUUGCAGCAGUCUCAAAAGAAAAACAGGCACUCAGCCAAGCUUCUCAAUACUACCUGGAAAAAGCACUUGCGUUCUUUUCAAUAAAUAUCAAGCACUACGAAAAAAACAAAAGGAGUGUCUUUUAAUGGU